UAGGGAGCAGACCAGCAGCGUCUCCACUCCCCAAAGAUCGCUUGUUGCAAAACAACAUUGGAGUCAAGUACGAUCACCUAAGGAUACGGGCCAUACCUAACUCAAAAGUUAUGGCAGACACUACAAUACCAAUACCUCGCGUUCAAAAGACUUCGGGCGGGAAUAACGCUUACCAUAACUACCAUAAUGACUUUCUUCACAUUCAAGAUCCCAAUGAGCGCCGCCGCCUCGCGCUCGCCGAGAUCGAUAAGGCACCUUUCGGAUGGUACCAUGUGAGGGCAUGUAUCGUCUCUGGAAUUGGGUUCUUCACGGACUCGUAUGACAUCUUCGCCGUCAGUCUGCUGAACACCAUGUUGGGAAUCGUCUACUACCCCGGCGUUGGUUCCUUGCCCAACUCUUCCGACAACGCCAUCAAGCUUUCAACCUCCGCCGGUACCGUCAUUGGACAGCUGGUAUUCGGCUACCUGGCUGACCACGUCGGACGGAAGCGCAUGUACGGCAUUGAACUAAUCAUCAUCAUCUUUGCUACUCUCGGCCAGGCCCUCAGCUCCGGUUCUCCCUCGGUCAACAUCAUCGGUCUCAUCAUAUUCUGGCGUGUGUUAGUCGGAGUCGGCAUCGGUGGAGACUACCCGUUAUCGAGUAUCAUCACCUCCGAAUUUGCUACUACCAAGUGGAGAGGAGCUAUGAUGGGUGCCGUGUUUGCUAUGCAGGGCAUUGGCCAGUUAGUCUGCGCGUUUGUCAUGCUGUUUGUCACCCUGGGCUUUAGGGAGCAGCUAGAGGCUUCCACGGAGCCGGCAAACUGCGACGGCUAUUGCGCCAUUGCCGUCGACAAGAUGUGGAGGACCUUGAUCGGGUUCGGUGCGGUACCAGCCUGCAUUGCUCUCUACUACCGAUUAACAAUCCCCGAGACUCCUCGGUAUACGUUCGAUAUCGGCCGCGACGUCGAGAAAGCCGCCGACGACGUCAAGGCCUAUAUGUCUGGCAAGAACGAGGGGCAGCCUGAUGAUAUCACUCGAAUACAAGCCCGCGAAGCAGCCCAGGCUCAGAUGACCAUUCCUAAAGCUAGCUGGAGUGACUUCAUCCGUCACUACUCUAUUCCCAAGAACGGCCUUCUCUUGUUUGGCACCGCCGGAUCGUGGUUCUGUCUCGACGUAGCUUUCUAUGGCUUGUCCCUGAACAAUGCCACCAUCCUGAAGGUGAUUGGAUACGCGACUCAAAAUGCCGACUCGACCUAUCGGGUCUUGUACAACACCGCCAUUGGCAACCUCAUCAUCGUUUUGGCCGGUGCCGUGCCGGGGUACUGGGUGUCCGUCGCGACGCUCGACACCCUCGGCCGCAAGACGAUCCAGAUGGGCGGGUUUAUCAUUCUGAGCAUCCUGUUCAUCGUCAUGGGCUUCGCGUACAACCACAUAUCGGGCAACGGGCUGCUGGCCAUCUACGUGCUCGCCCAAUUCUUCUUCAACUUCGGCCCCAACACGACCACCUUCGUCGUGCCCGGCGAGCUGUAUCCGACGCGGUACCGCUCGACGUGUGCGGGAAUCUCGGCGGCCUCGGGCAAGAUCGGCUCCAUCAUCGGCCAGGGCGCCAUCUCCACGCUGCGCACCCGCGGCGCCACCCACGACAACCCCAGCCCCUGGAUGGACCACGUGCUCGAGAUCUAUGCCCUGUUUAUGCUGCUCGGCUGCUUCACCACCUGCUUCAUCCCCGAGACCAAGCGCAAGACGCUCGAAGAGCUCUCCGGCGAGGAUCAGCCCGCGCCGACGAGAGUCACGGCUGAGAGCAGUAGCGGUAGCAGCCACAAGAAGGCAGCUGGGUCGCUGUGAUAUGACGCGUGCGUGAUCUGACCUUUUGAAGGAAAAAACGAAGGAAAAAGGAGGAAAAGGGAUUGUGUACGAAGGAUUGUACGAAGGUUGAUGUAUAACGAGAUUGCUAUUGCCGGUACUUACUCGGUUGGUAUGUGAUGUGUUACUAAUAUUAAGACGUUGGUUCUUGGGUUGUAUGGUUAUAUAGAGUAGGUAGCUAGGCGAAUAUACCCUUUCCAGU